CAGCAGCAGCAGCAGCAGCAGCAGCCGCGCGCGCGUUCGCCGCCCAACGAGGAGCCCCCCGCUGGUCCGCAGCAGAGACACUUCCCAAAGUGGAUUUGUGCGCGCAGCCAUGGAAGAACUUACUGCGUUCGUGUCCAAAUCUUUCGACCAGAAAACGAAGGAGAGCAGCAAGGAGGGGAUCACGUACAGGGAAGUUCUGGAGAGCGGCUUGGCCAGGGCCCGGGAGCUGGGCAACCCGGAGGGGAGCCUGCAGGACAUGACGGAGAGCGGCGCCCACUGUCCCGUGCACCUCUUCAAGGAGCACGUGGAGCUGGACAAGGACAAGAGCAAGGACUUCGGUGUGCCCAGGGCUUCCGAAGGGAUAUACGAGUGCAAGGAGAAGAAGGAAGAAGUGAAAUCGGAGGACGAAGAUGCACAGAGCAAACUGAAACAGAGGAGGAGUAGGACAAAUUUUACACUAGAGCAGCUGAACGAACUGGAAAGACUCUUUGAUGAGACUCACUAUCCGGACGCCUUCAUGAGAGAGGAGCUGAGCCAAAGGCUGGGGCUGUCGGAGGCCCGGGUACAGGUUUGGUUUCAGAACAGAAGAGCCAAAUGUAGAAAACAAGAAAACCAAAUGCACAAAGGUGUUAUUUUGGGCACAGCGAGCCACUUGGACGCGUGCAGAGUGGCACCGUAUGUGAACAUGGGCGCUCUCAGAAUGCCAUUUCAACAGGUGCAGGCCCAACUGCAGCUCGAAGGAGUCGCGCACUCCCACCCGCACUUGCACCCUCACCUGGCGGCCCACGCACCUUACCUGAUGUUCCCGCCCCCUCCCUUCGGACUGCCAAUUGCGUCGUUGGCGGACUCGGCCUCCGCCGCCGCGGCCGUGGCCGCCGCCGCCAAGAGCAACAGCAAGAACUCGAGCAUCGCCGACCUCAGACUGAAGGCGGGACUUGUGCGAGGCCGGCGGCCGCGUCCUUUCCAGCCACACAUCUCAGCCCCGGGACCGUGCGGAAGAGUCUGGAUGUCUGCGUGAAAUCGGCGCUUUAACGUGGGAAGACGUGUUCGGAAUGGGCGAAAAUAAAAUAAAAUUAAUAAAAUACAAUAAAAUACAUAAAUAAACACAGGCUCACUAACGAAAUGGCAGGACUAGAUGUUUGGCGCCAGCCUGUGCGGACAGACGUGUGUUGCGGCGUUGGAUGUGUGCCCACGUUCGCCUCCAACCACUGUGCUCCUGCCCCUGACCGGUGCAUGUGUCCCACCCGAGGAAAGACGCUGCGGGGGGGGGUCUCCUCGUGUCCCGACCGACACACGUUAAUCACUGCCGCUAGAAACCUUCCUCCGCAUCUGUCAUCCUCUGCAGAAUAUCUCCCUCGUGAUUUUCCUUCUGUUCUUCUCGUUUCUUCGCCUGAGCUCCGGACGCAGCAGUAGCCACACUUUUGUUUUCGGCUAAACUUAAUUUUCCCAUUCGUCUCCCUUUUCUUGGGGAAUUUUCGCGUCGCCGUCUUUCUGCUGGGUGCGAGUCGGUGGGAUUGAAACGUUUUCACGCUCUGCCACCCCCCCCCCACAUG